AUGGAGAGCCUCCAACUAUCCCAGGUUCUCGCCGACCUCAGCAACCUGGGCGCUGCCGAUCCAGGAGCUGCCGAAGCCAUCGUCAGCGCCAGCAACCCUCCUCAACCCAGUUACACCCGAACCGAUGCAACUGCGACUGCCCCCACCUCGAGUCCUGCUACCAACAACCAGCGACGCCCUACGGGCCUACAGCGUCAUUGGUCUUCUGAGAAGUUCGACAAGUUCGGCCGCCGAAUCCUCUCUCCCAACUCCCACACGGGGUCAGCAGUGAACUCCGUCCCUGGCACUCCUCGCCGUGGCGAAUCUGAUUUCGAGGAAGAUUUAGAAAGAGCAAGCACGCUCAUGCAACUAUACGACAUUCGCUCCAAGAUUAAGCAGCAAGAUAACAGCAGUCUGCUCAAGGCCCGAGAGAAGGUCAACGCGAUAGCAGCGCGACAACAAGCUCAACAGGCCGCGGAGCGCAACAUGAAGGCAGCUGACGAGCUUCGACGUCAACGCUACUCUUUCCCUCGAGCCGGUCUCUAA